GUUUUUCUGAAUUGCGGAAUUACUCUAAUGGCACAACGAUAAGGGGGGAAUCGCUCGGGGCUGGCAGCGUGGAAACGGUAUUUUAACACAAGGCAUCUUUUGUUACCGCGAUAUGAUUUACAGCAGCUGCCGUGGUCCCACUCUGGAGAGAGGAGAAGAGGAGGAGGAGGAGGAGGAGGAUGAGGAGGAGGGAGAGAGAGAAGAAUGAUCAUUAAGAUAAAUAAAAUGCAUCGGGACAUUUCGUUUAAACGUGAACACACAUUCACCUUACGUAACCUAUAAACGCAUCAGUGGAGCCUGGUGCUGUUGUUGCCUCGGAAUAGCGUGCGCUCCGCCGCUGCAGGUUUCAGAUGAAGGGGUCGUUCGCCUGGAUUUCACUGGGCGCUGCGGUACCUUCAGGGGUGUUAAUGCGGUUGUCGUGUUGUAAACAAGAAUAUGUCAGCGGGGGAGCAGUGAGGGAGGCUCGUCUGGGUGCUUUUUAUUUGUAUGUUUUUUUAAUUUAAACGCACGUCCCGCUGGAAGCUGAGCACAAGGCGACUGAGUAAUGUUGUAAUUGGCGGUGCGCUGCGCUGCGCCGCGCCGAGCGAUGCGUCUUCUCGCAGCCAUGAGGAGGAGAGGACGAGUCUCAUCAUCCCAGGCGCAGGGGGAGCCGUCUAUUUACAGCUGAGGGCGUCCAGAUCUGCCUCUCAUGUCUGCGAUAUCCACAACAAUAGCUUCCAUGUUUCCUCAGCGAGCAGCAGCCCCCCCAGGCAUGAUCAAUACAGUCCAGAAGAUAUGAUGUUAUUAUUGCCUCUCCCCCGUGAGGACGCAGCGAUGCCCCAGCAGAGGGAGGACCCGGCUCCGUCUCCUUCCCGCCGCCUCGGCCUGGCAUCCCCCCGCCUCCAGACACUGAAGCCCGGCCACGACUUCCCAUGAGGCCACCACCAGAACUCAGCUCGACCGCUCUGUAUGGGGCCUCUCACAUAUGAAUUGACAUGGAGGAUGAAGAUGGGACUUGUCUACUUGAUGUUUUGUGUGACCCCCAAGCCCUGAACGACUUCCUUCAUGGGACCAAUGAGCUGCAGACUGAAGACCUGCUCAUUAACUCCUCCUCUGGGGAGCCCUCCCUCUUCACAGAUGCCCCGAGCCCCGUCUCUCUGCUGGGAGAUGGCAGGGAUUCCCCAGACACGCCUCCACCCGGGUGUGUGGAUCUGUCCUUCCUGGAGGAGGCCCUCCUGUCAUCGCCGGAGGGUGGGGAAGACCCACAGGUGGUGCAAGGUGGGACGCCUGUGGAGGCUGGAUUUGAGGCAAAGAAGGGAGAGGUGGAGGAAGCGGAGGAGGCAGAGGUGGCAUGUGAUAUCCUCCAGCAGAGCCUGCAGGAGGCUGAGAUCACAGAGCAGACCAUGGCUCUGGAGGCAGGUCUGGCCCAGACUGGGGACAGCCUGUCCCUGUACUCACCUGCCCCCCUCCUCUCUCCACCCACAGUACCAUUCAUACCCAAGUCUGUGACCUUGCCCGUCACGCCGGUGUUGCCCAGAGACACCCAGGCAGCAGUGGAACCUCCCCAGCCCUCCCUCCUGGCUGUCGGCCCAGGCUGCCCCUCUCUAAAACCUGCUGCCCCGCCUCAGCUGAUGGGGCUCCUCCCUGGAAAUGUGUUCCCUGCUGCUUCUCCAGAGACCUCCUUCUCCCUGAGUCCCGCACAGGGAUCCAGUAUGAUCAUCCACAAGGCUGUUCCCAGUAUGACCAGUCGUCCUCUCAUCACCCCGACCCUGAGGGCGACAGCAGCAGCAGCUCCGGGCAUCGUCCUGCAGCGCGCCCCUCUCCCCAUCCAACCCAAGCUGCCCAUCAGCAUCCAGCCAAGACUGGUUCAAAUUAGCCCCAAGCCUUCAGGGCAAAAACACACUCCAGGUCUCACGUUUGUCCCUGGGACUGCCUCACCAAAUAUUUUACUCUCCCAAACUCCAGGCGGGAAGCCUGCUGCUUCAACGCAGCAGCCCACCCAGCAGCUCCCCAAACCAGUCAGCCUGCAGCUGGUCAACCAGGGCGGCUCCUUCGUCCUCCAGCCUCAGGGACUCUUCCAAGGCCAAAACCAGUUCCUUCUUCCAGGCCAGUGCCCUGUCACGAUCUCCCAGCCUGCCAGUGCAGCUCGACCACUGCUGACCACCAGUCACCAAGGCCCAUCUGUCCACAGCCUGACUCCCUCCGCCGGGCAGCUUGUAGAUGGCUCUCAGAUUCUAACUGUGCCCCAAAGACAGCUGAACUUCAGCCCUGUCUUCACCACCCCUACAGGGCAGCUAGCACUCCGCCAGGCCACUGUGCUUUCAGGACCUUUGCAUCUACAGUCAGCGCCCCCCACUGUCUUCCAGAUGCCAGCACAGCUGGCUGGAACCUACACUCCGGGGGGACAGGGGCAACGUGCCACCCUGGUCCACAGUCCCGCUCUUGGAAACCACAUAACCUUGAUCAACAGUUCAGGGGUGCUUCCCCCAGAUCUCACCUCCAUCUCGAUCGUUAACGGCCCCUCAGUAGUUCAGGGGCUGCCCUUCGCUACCCCGGCCCCGGCUCCUCAGACAGGAAUGACAGACGCACAGCUGAGCCUCCAGCAGGCCUCCGUGGUGCUGCUGCCAGAACGAGCCAUCCAGGAGGAGAGGACCAGCUCCGAGGAGACCUUCCACCAAAUACCACAGCCCUACGGACACGUCCUCCAGCAUGUGUCUGUGCAGCCCCCCUCAGCAGGGCUGCAGUCCUCCUCUCCUCCUGUAGUCACAGUCCUGCAGCCUCCUCCUGAACCACCACCUGUGGAGAUCCCUAAACUUUUGAUGCCCCCAGCAGACAUGACCCAAGUAGUGGAGGACGUGACCCACUCGAUGAGUCAGAACGAGGCCUUUAUGCACCAUCUGCAACAGCAAGCACUUAGUUCUCCCAUCACAUCUGAGUUGUUGGUUGGAGCGCUGCCAGUGGUGCCGAUGGAGUCGCUCGCCUCCCCGGUCCCCAGUGAGAGAGAGAGCCAACCACAGAGCCACGCCGUCUCCGGUCAGGACGCCGUGAUGUCCGACCAGUGUGUCGAGGCUUCUCCGCUUCACUCGGACCCAGGCGACGCGCCGCUGAUCUGCCCCUCCCCUCCAAGUCAGGACGCCGACGGAUCAGCUCCAGCAACUUUCUCCCCUCCGACCGGGCCUCGGAUCACUCUGCCUGAAAGCUCAGUCCCACAAAUCACAGCGCCUGAGGUCCAGUACCAGGUCCCUCAUCAGCUCCAGGUCUCGCCGGCAUUAUUUGCCCAGAACCAGAUCCAGUCAUCAGUUUCCCAGCCUCUGCCCCAGCUCCAGGUCCAGCUGUCUGUCCCCCAGCCUCAGUCUUCAGUCAACACUUCGGUCCACAGCUCGCCUCUGCGUGUCUCGGUGCCUCAGCAGCAGCCUGAACCCACAGCUGCUGGUCUCUCCAAAGGAGGAGACGACUCUGCUGUCCAACAGCACACACAAAACAAGCCAACAGCUGCCUUGGUCGUGGAGAGUAAAGCGUUUACUCUCGAUGUCCAGCCACCCUCUCCUGCAGCCCAGGGAGUCCAAUCUCACGGGCCCUCAGCUCCCGGAGAGAGUGCCCCGAUCCAGACGAGCCAGCAGACCGGCACCAAGCUGGCAGGUCCUCUGGAGCAGCAGCGAGAGGAGAGGCUCACACCAGCAAUGCGCCGCCACAGGUUUCAGCAGCGGAUCUGUUUGGACCACGCAGCGGUUCAGAGCCCGUUCACCGGCCCGGCCUUCUCCACGCUGAAGGACGCUGUCAGACGCCUGCUGCCGUACCACACCUGCGCUGGUCACCUGCCCACUCAGGAUGACUUCAACUUAGUGGACCAGGAGUUUGACACCGUGUCUGGCUUCCUGCUGAAACGCACCAAGGACAUGGUCAACAAAUACAGGCAGCUACUGGUUAGAGAAGCCCAGCAGGAGAGUCCGUCGGCAGAGAUGGUGAUGCUGGAGCGUCUCUUCCUCCAGGCUGAGCGAUGCGCUUUAGCGGAGGACAGACGGAGAGUCCGCAGAGACCCAGAGUCAUUCAUGAUGGCCUUGGCUACAUCAGCGUCUUCCCCGCAUGGCGCCCCCUCCUCCGGCCCCUCCCACCCGGUCUCCUCUGGCAGCCCGUCCUCUCCGCCAGCCUGGACCACCAGACUGUCCGACCGGCCUCCGGGACUGAAGACGUACCGCUCCAGCUCCCGCGGGGCUCUCAGGCUCACCAUCAAGCAGGAGUCCGGCUCCCGUAAGGUGGUUCACAACUCGGCGUGCGACCCAGGACACAAGAGGGACCACAUGGGGCAGCUGACCAACGGCGGCGGAGCUGUGAACGAACGUCACUCUCAGGCACCCAACGGAGCACCCCAGCAUCCCCAGCACGACGAGGAGAUCUCCAACGGAGCUCUGCCUUGUGACUCGGCAGAGGAAGUCCCACAGACAGCGCCCAAUUCCAAAAUAAAAGCCCCAAACCCUGUUUCUAUGCCAGAGCCACAGGCUGGUGGCUACGAGUUGCCUCCCAGAGAUGUCAGCGCACCAAAACUGAAAUGCUACAGGUUGGAUGCGUCGCCUCGGCCGGAGCAGCGGUUCAGCCCGCCGCCUCCUCCGCUCCAAGAGGACAACAUGCUCAGUGAACAUCUGCAGAGCGCCAUCGACAGCAUUCUGGAGCUUCAGCGGCUGCAGGGCCCCUCUGCAGCCCCGACCAGGGCCACGUCAGGCCCGUCGCUGGACCAGGCUGUCACCAGCAUCCUGGAGGGACACCUGUGAGGUAACCUGCUCUGACAGGCGUCCACACAGACACAGGAACAGCUGUCUGAGGGGGGGGAGGAAGGUGUACUUGACUUCUUCUCUGUUCCCAGAGUUUAGUUUCUGGGUUUCAGAGAUCACUUUUAAUGAACUGAUUGUUUGAAAGACGAGAGAGGAGGUGGAAAAAAUAAAGAGGCACUAUAAAGAGAUGCAUACCAGACAACAGCACUAUCUAUAGUCCGAUAGAUGUUAGAUACUUCAUUUUGAUGUACGUUUGUGGAAAAAAAUCUAUUUGAAUAGGAGCUAUAUUGUUUCAGUGGUAGUUAAGUCAUUCAGAGGUUUACGACACUGGUGUAACCUUCAUCAGCAUAUAGUAUAUAAGUAAUAGUGAGGAUAACGAAAACGUGGACUAGACUGAGAUUAUUCAAUAGUUUUUUAUAAGAUUUCUUUCACAAAUGUGAAGUUUCUUUUGCAUAGUGCCAAGCUUCCAGGGUAUUUAUUUUGAUAAUCUGUGCCAAUUGUGUUUUCACAUGAGUUGCCGCGAGUGUGUGAUCAGCGUGUGUGUGUGUGUGUCUUUAUUUAAAUUGGUUUGCGUGGAUCUAAAGAGAGAGUGUGUGUAAACAUCGCAUCCUGCGACGGGACCGAACAUAAAAAAAACGAACCCUGCAGGCUCCAUCAUCUCGGCUUAUCGAAUGAAACUCCAAAGAAAUUUGUGACUUGCUACAUCCUGAAUACACCAGCAAAACGUCCAUGUUGUGUCUCUUCCCACAAACUGGAGUGUGUCCGUGUUAAAGCAGAAAAGAACCGAGGGGAACACAGAUCAGGCAGAGUCGUGCUUUUCUUUGUUUAUAAGUUCGGACCCUCGUCGUCACUCAUGGAGUCUGACUGUGAAAUAAUUGUAGAGAUUCUUCUCAUACUUUACGUAUUAACAUGCAAGCAAUAAUGAGUUAGGGUUGUUAGGAGCAGUGGUGGUGCAGCGAGGAGGGAGAGGGGAGGUCUUCGCCCGUCGUCGGAUGAAAACCAUGAUGACUAUUUUGUAAGGGUGUCACGAUUUUCAUUCUAAAUCUGAAUUUCCGCACGAUCAGUAUUUCUUCAAGUAUUUCCUUUCUCACCUGCUUGAGCACGUCCAAAGGAAAAAUCAGCACUCAAAAACUCACCUUUAGCCUGCAGCUGCACUUCUAGAUACCUGUCGUGAUUGCAUGGAGACGAUCAACUUUCUUUUUCUGAGAAAUCAAACUUUGUAAGAGACAAAAUUUCAAACCGUAUGUUAAAACUGGAAUCUAUUUUUGGCAAAAGUUAUUUGAACUUAACCUUCAAAAAGUCAACAUAGGAAAAGUCAAGCUGUUGUUGUAAAAUGCACCCUAUCCUUUUAAAAAAAAUCAGAAAUAAAUGUCAGGGCAUAAAACAAAUCCUGCUAAUGGUAUGUGUCCACGGGAGCCAUCAUCUGAGCAGCUGUGCAAUGCAUUCUGGUAGCAUUUUGUUGGAAACAGCCAAGUCUUCAAUGCUGAAAAAUAUGUUCAAAUCAAAUAAUUUAAUUUAAUCACGACCUUAAAAUCAAAACUCAAAUUGUGGAUUUGGCGAAUCGUGACGCCCUUAUGAAUGUAUCAUCGAAGCCCUGUGUAGUUUACAAAUUGUGUUUGGAGGGUUUGAGGGUCACCUAACGGCAUCAACGAUCCAGUUUGAGAAGGAAAAAAAAACACCAAAACCGCAGCUGUUUCUCACAACACACUGUACAGAACUUGAGCCUCUCUGCAUCAUCAAACAGCCUUUGACCAAAAAAAAAACAAAAAACUAAAGGAGUCAUCCGCUUCACGUUUUAGAUUCUCUUCUUUAUUUAUGAUACGAUCAGUUUGGAGCCCGCCGUACUGAGCCGGAGACUUAUUUUUCACGCAGCCAUCGUGGAGCAAUAUGAUUUUUUUUUUUUUUUUUGCAGCAUCUUAUGUUAACGUGACAAUCUUUUAUCGGUCUGUGUGGAAAAUGUGAAUCCUGUUCAUGUGAGAAUACGUGAGAGGUCAUGUGUGUCAGUUGUUACGACUCUCCCUCAUGAAACUUGUGCAAAAUAUUCUUUGUAGAUUUUACCUUGAAGGUCAAAAUGUUAAAGCCGCAGAAUGUCUCUAAUUUUUGUGAAAAAAUAAAUUCAUUAAGUUCAGAGCCGACCUAUUGAAGACACCGUCGGGGGCCAAGGUUUGACCUGUGAAUUGGAAAACGUUUAGAAUAUGCCUUAUCGUUAAUUCAACCUUUUAAGGAAAGAAAAAGAAAAAGAUUAUCAAUGUGAGGUUUUUUGGUUUUUUUUUGAAUACUGGUGUUCUGAAAUGUGAAAGUUAACCCGUUCCUUCAAGAAGAAAAAACAUAGAUUAACUUCCAGAGAUUUGGGGCUUAAAUCAAACCGGCCUUCUCAUGUCUUGAAUUGAUUGUCAUUGUUUUUUUAUAUGUGAAAUCGUCUUUUUGUUGGGAUGAACAAAAGGAGUUAUAAUAUGCAGUAAUUUAGUGUUGAGAUCCUCUGCAGUAGUUCAGGUGGACACACACCAGAGGAUUCAUGAAUACACUCUCAUGUUUGUGUGCGAAAUGCAGAGCUUCUGUAAGCAGCCGGUUAGCUUAGCAUAAGGUAUGAGCGGAGGCAAACAGCUAGCAUGGCUCUGUAAACCAGUGCUUCUAAAGCUUGCAAAAAACAAGUUGUAAAAAAGGGCGUGAUGCUGUGUUACGGAGGAAUCAUGUGCCAAAUUAUUUCUUUUUUAUGCAUCAAAUGACGACAUAGAAGAAGUCGCUUUUACCUCCAAAGAAUCAUCACCCAAACUCAUGAUCGCCGCAUUCUUUGUAAUGCAGCCCAGUUAAUCUUUCAGGGUUCAGAAACAUCCUCAUCUUUGUUUGAAAUUAUCUGAAUGGUUCCAUAUUAGGUGCGUUACCUGGAACAGAAUUCAUUAAAGGAGAUUAAAAACCAGACAUGUUUUUUUCUGGAGCUGGUAGAGACCAAAACUGGAGCUAAAAGAGAGUCAAUAUAAGACUAACAGUCACGAAACAGGACUAUAAAUAAACGCUUUACUAUGUUAAAGAAAGGAGAUAUUGCAGUAUAAUUGGUGAGCUCUGUCUCCAUCGUUAUGCUAAGCUAACAUACUAAUCACACAGACAUGAGAGCAGCAUCAACUUUUACCGUAACUGUUCACAAGAAGACAAAAUCUCCUAAAUUGUGUUUUCUUUAACAGAAUUUGUGCCAAAAUUACGUCCUGUGAGUUUGAGGUCGUGAAUCGUCCGGUGUGUGUCCGUCCUCAGAGGUUUCACUGUAAUGCAGUAAAGAUGUCAGAGUGUCUUUCACAACACAGGAUUGCACUCCCUGUCACCGCUAAAACGUCUCAAGAAGGGGAAUUCCACCAAAAUGUUUUUUUGUUUUUUUUUUUAAAUCUUUGAAGAAAGUAUUUCCCGACGUCCGCCCUCUUUUUUUUUCUCUCUCUCUCUCUCCUCUUUAACACUUUAAAGAGACUCAAGGUGAAGGAAGAAGUGAACUCUGGUGGAUUCCCUUUGAGCGAAGCAGCCUCAUGUGCCAUUGUUACUGUCGCGUUCUGUCUGCAGUGUCGAACACUGACCGUUAGAAAUGUGCUUAGUUCUGUCAGCAUUUUAGGACAAACUGAUUACAUCUGCAUGUUGAGCCAUUUUGGUAUUUAUUUGUAAAUGUGGUUUUUUAAAUUUUAUUUUAUUAAUAUUAUUUAUUUAUUUUUCUGACUGAACUGUGAAACCAGGGGAGCUCAUAACGCUACACUAAUUCAACUUCAGAUACAAAACAUUUGACUGACAGAUUGUUCUGAUGCCAAAAUCAAGAGGCCUUAAUUCAGCAAAACUAGAUUGUAAAAAAAGAAAAUGUCAUUCCUGACAAAAAAAAUCCAACUGAAGACUCCUUUGACCUGAAAGUCACGAGUGAUUCAUAUAUGAAAUGUUAAGAAAACCGCUUUUGUACUCAUUUUUACAGACUAUUUAUUAAACUGUGAUUUUGUAAGAAAUAAAAAAAACAAACAAACA